AGACCCACGUCAAGGCGGAAGUGGCGGCAGGGAGAAGGAGGAGGGGGUCCUUCGGCAGGGGCUGCUGCUGCUCCCGCUGGAGGGUCGUCGUCGUCGUCGCUGGGGGGACUCUGGCCGCCCUCCCUCCCGCCUCCCUCGCGGGGCCUGAUGGACGGGGAGGGGCUGACCGUGGAGCAGCGCUCGGCUGAAUCCUUGAAGCAGCUGCUGGAGAGAACCUUAGUGAGCCCAGCCCCUUGCUCUGCAGACGCGGCAUCCCCGGACAAGCAUGUCGUCAUGUUGUAACACAAGCACUGCUUUGGGAGCAUUGUCUCUUUUAUUUGGAAAAAUGUUAGGGUGCCUCUCUGCCUAAGGCAGCUGACAAUUUUAAAAAAUUAAAUACAUUAAUUAAUAUCCAGAAUUACCGAAGCAAAGCAAAAAACUCCAUCCCAGCAGAAAAGCACAGACCAUGAAAACAAAGCUCUGUUCCACAGACAGACUGAGGCUCAGGGAAACUGAGCUCCUGGCCCAUCAUGUCUCUGCUGAUGGCACUGUUGCUAUCCACUGGGUAAAAAUAAGGUUUGCAAUUCAGUUUACAAAUGGGAAACUGAGGGAUUCUGACAGCGUGAAAUUCACCUUAUACAAGAGCAAUGAUGCCAGUAACCCCAGAAAGAAGCAAAGAAGGAUUUUGAACGCAGAGACUGACAGGCUUUCCUAUGUAGGAAGCAAUUUUGCCACCGACUCCCUGAGAUCCAACACCCUAUGCCGAUACUUUGUCGGGGUGCUUGACAAGGACUCUGGAGAAAUGGAAGUGUACAAUGCCGAGUUAUUCCACAUGCAGCCAUUACUUUCAGAUGACACAGCAGCUGAAGACUUGUCAGAAUAUUUGAACAAAAGUUACAGAGAGAAGAUGGAUAUGUGUAUCGAGGCCUUUGGGAGUAACAAGCAGCGGAGAGCUCUGAACUCACGGAGGAUGAAUGAAAUCCGGAAGGAGGUGCUGAAUAAGGCUGUGAUCAGCGCUGCAGAGAACAUUAUCGAGACAAAGGGCUUGGAUGCCAUCGUCAGUGAUGCUACAGAAGAUGAUAAAACAAACGUCUCCUUGGUCCUUCCUCCAUGCCAUGAAGAUGCUGAGAGGCUGGCAGAUGUCUACAAGUUUGAGGACAUUAUUUCGCCUGCUGAAUACGAGGCCCUGGAAGCUCCAGCUGCGACUUUUGUGAAGAUAACCUCGGAUGAAAUCCUGAAGUUGGCGGAAGAGAAAAGCUACUGUCCUUUCGUAUUGGAGGAACUGAAGUGUCUGCCAGUGGAUGAGAAGAAGCGUGACCACAAGGCCCGGUGCCUCUGGUUUCUGGAUAUGCUUGUCAAGCUGAGCUUGCAACGAACGGUUAAGAAGAAACAGCCAAUGGGGCCCGACUGCCCACAAAUCAUUAGCAGCAAGCUUGUGAAAAAUUUCACUGCACUGUCAUAUGGAAACGGCAGGAUUCAGAAUCUAGUUUCUCCUUCCAUGAAAGCGAAAAUAACUGCAUACGUCAUAGCCCUGGCCUUGCAUAUCAACCAGUUCCAAGUGGAUCUGACAGUCUUGCAGAGGGAUCUGAAAUUGCGGGAAAGCAGGAUUCUUGAUAUUGCCAAGGCCAUGAGGUUAAAGGUCACCAAGUGCAAAAGCCUGUCUGGAUGUGAGGAUCACAGACUGGGGACCCUCUGCCUACCUUUACCCGUUUACAAGAUGCCAAUAGGCCGGAGAAAACGCAAGAUGAAUUAAACGUCCACGAACACUCCCCGUUGAGAAUUGAAAGCCUUCAUUGUACGGGGCAAGAGAUACUGGAAGAAGUGAUCAACCUCAGGAGUUUUUCUUUUUCUUUUUUUAAGUCCAUGGCUCACUCUUCAUGGUUUGGGCUAUUGGUGACCAGGGAGAAAGAACUGGGUGGGUUUUUGCUGUUGUGAAGAGAGCAUAUUGUUUUUUCUCAUGGUCCAUAUUAACAACAGGAAGCCAGCAUAUAAGUUCCUUGCUUUAUUGAGUUUUGUUGCUGGUGAGGGCGACUGGGGGGCUCACACAAAUGUUCAUCACAAAUGUUCAUUUUAGUUAUUUGUAAAGUAAACAUGAAGACUAUUUGCCUCCCUGUUCAUGGUCAGGUAUCUCAGAGGUGGGCAGUUCGCAUUGGGAAAUGUGUGGAUAGAGAGAUGACCCCUGAGUUCUCAGGAGGUUAGGGUUCUGAAACUUGUAUUACCUGUUAUCCUUCCAUCUCUAAUGCUUUUGUAUCAUUUCGGCAAAGGAAGAGGUGACGAACAGAGAAGAAGCUCCAAGGGGGAUGGGAGUGCGUGACGCACCGGGUGCACACCCCUUUGGGGGUGUGGCGAGGGCAUUUCGGGGAGUGGGCGGGAGGAAGCACCAGUGCACCGGGCUCUUUUCCCCCUUGCUGUGCCUCUGAGCUGAGUCCUUGGAUCCAAAAGACUAAUAUCAUGCAUACAAUUUCUACUCCACCGCUUUUGAAGAAGUAAAAUCCCCCCUUCCUUUCUGAA